GCUCUACUGGUGUUGUAAUUUUUCUUGUCGCAAGGUGAAAACGAUUUAAACGGUUUUAAACCAGUGAAAAGUGUACCAAAAUGCUCGAUUUGCACGAGAAAUUGUAGUUGAAGGAGGCCUGUAUCCGUUUUCGUAGCGGUAGUAGUGAAAAUACGGCCCAAGUGCAACAAAAACGUGCUUGAAAAUUUUACUUUGUGUGUAGCCGAGGCACUCGCACUCAUACACACAUACGCGCACGCACUCCAACACACGCUCGCACACAACACACACACACAGAGGGAGAUAAACGCAGCGAUGGCCUCGCAGUCGUACUCGCACAUAUAAAAGCUCGCUUGUAUAUUGGAGAAGGAGCGCACAAAGCAGAAGACGAGAGGAAAGAUUUCUGUGUCAUUGAACGAGGCGACGACCAGAAAGAGAGCCAGGAGUCCUACUCCUCUCCAGCGGCUGCAGCUUGCCAGAGUCGGAUCACCAGAGGAUUGAGCACGAUGGCCGCUACACCAAUUGAACACACUGUUUUAUGACUCUGAGCGGCAGCCCAUCCAGAGAUCCGUCGCACUAGAGAGCGAAGGUAGCCAUCCAGGGAGCAGGAGCAGCCAGAGAGAGAUCCGCAGAGGAGCAGCUACCGAGAGAGCGAGACAAAGGUCAAUCCAAAGCGCCAAAAUGGUCGACAACAGCGUUCAGUGCCCCGUGUGCACCUUGUACCUGCACGCGGGAAUGAAUCUCUCCGAUCACCUGGAGACUCAUCCCAAAGAGCAGGUGAUCAAGGCGCUGGUCCAGAUGACGAUUGCCGGUAGCGGCGGCAACAACAGCAUGGGCAGCGCCCUGGCGGCCGCUAUGAUGGCAGGAGGCUCUGGAGGCGGUGGGUCUGAUGGCGGAGAAGCCAGCAUGGCAGAUGAGAAGACCGCCUUUACAUUGUCAUCACCAAGUGGCGAUGUAAAACCAGUUGUGGCCACCAGCCCGCCAGCGAUGUCCAAAACCAUAUCAGCUGCAAUGCCCGUAGUACCGACAGCACCGCCGUUGCCGCCGCUCUCCUCCGCCAACGCGGCACCCUCCUGCACAUCCCCUUCUGCAAGUAGCAGCACCAGCAGCAGUAGCAGCAAUCUGAGCAAUCCACCGAUGAAAGCACUGAAAUGCUCACCGCCCACGACUGAGGCGCGAGCCAACACAUCCGCACAUCCCACCAUAAGCAGCGUGUCCACACUGUACCAGUCGUCGCUGGUCGCUCCGGAUUAUCGCUUCAAUCACCAGCAGCAGCAGCAGCAGUCCGGCUUUGGGCGUGGUGUUGCUGGCACCAACGCAACCACGCUGGUAAUACCGCAGGUUGCGCAGCAGCACUUCCUCGCCAGCCAUCAGCAGCAGCCGCACUUUACGCAUCAGCAGCAGCAGCAGCAACAACAGCAGCAUCAGCAGUCUCCCCUAAAGUUUACCUACGCCACCGCUUUGCCGCCGCCACCACCGCUGCAGCUCUUUACGCAGCAACAGCCGACGGCAGUUUCAGGCCAGCUGCAGCCGCAGCCUCACCAGAAACCACCUCCCGCCUAUGGAGCCGCCAUCAGUCAAAUACGAUCUCAGCACAACCAAAUCAAGCAGCAGCCACAUCAACAGCAGCUGCAUCAGCAGUCACAGCCACCCCAAAUGAGCGGGCAGCACAACCUAUCCCUGGCACCACCGACACCAACAACAGCUCCUUCGAUAUCAGCUGCAGGUGGAAAGCAACCCAGCAAGGCGCAUUCGGAAGUAUUCCUGAAUCCCCCACCACCACCGCCGCCACAACAACAGGCAACGGCACCGAUCCAUAGCCUGGGGCAACAUCAGCAGAAUCAUCAGAGCCAUCCACAGUCUCAUCCUCAUUCCCAUUUGCAGCAUCAGACCCACCAGCAGCAGUUGGCCACAUCGCCAUCCUUAAGAUUGCAGCAUCAGCAGUCACUGAGCAUGCAGACUUACGGUUCGGGUUUGAGCAGCAACUGUAGCUCCAACUCUGGACCAGCCGCUGCACCUGGUAGCCGCAGCAAUCGGCAAACUAACUCACCUUUCGGAGCACUGCUCAACGCAGCGGCCGCUGUGGCCUGCGCCUCGCCAGCCUCGACCAACGCCUGUUCGUCGGUGCUGCGCUUUGCGGAAUCACCGGUGGCCCACUAUCUGGAGCGUGAGAAUGGUGACUUUAUUGUCCAGGAGACGCCCAAGCAUAUUGUGGAGUGUGUGGAGAAGGAGGACGGUGAGUUCUCUGUGAUCGAGCGCAUUUACCAAUCCCCGCCGAGUGUCCUGCACAUACACGAUGACGAUGAAGAUGAAGAGGACGAGGAAGAAGAGGAGGAGGACGACGGCAAAGCUCAGCCAGAGGAGGAGGUAGACGGAGACGAUGAGCGGGAGGAGAAUAGCCGCAGUUGCAGUCGCAGCCGGAAUAUGAAUAAGACAACGAAAAAAUCGCGAAAGGCCAAGCCCAAGCGAAGCACCAAGCGCGUCGGGGACGAGUUUAUUAGCAGUGGCUGCGAGAGUGAGCAGGAAACGGAGCGCAAGCCCGACUCGCUAUCCACGACAUCAACAACUGCACCUGCGCUUUGCACAGGUCCCUCUACCAGUUCUGCGGCUGCAGAAUCCGUUGCUGCCACGUCCAGCAAUCUGACGGAUACCCAUUCCAAUUCGGCCUCCAAUUCCGCCUCGAACUCCACCUCGACCACGACGAAGUCCAAGAAGAAUCGGAUUACAGUGCUCAGCGAUGUGCCGCUCAAUAUGAAUGAGUACCUCGAUUUGAUGGGCAACAUUGUGGCCUCCAGUCGCAUUGGGGCAGGACGUCCCUUUGCCGCUGCAGUUCCCAUUCCCUUCGUCAAGGUGGAGAAGGAGGAGCCCCUGGACGAGUACGACGACAACGAGGCAGCGCAGCAGCUAGAGCAGAAGCCCAGCUUGGAGCAUGGCACUACCAGCGUCAUUCGCAUGGCCAGCACAGUGACAGCGACAGCAACGACACCAGCGGCUGAAGAGGCACCCGUCGAGGAUCCCAACGAGCCGCCGCUCAUGAAGGUCGAGGUGGAGCCCAACACGAUGCUGCUACCGCAGCGCUUCUCCACUCCUGCCCAGAGUCGCGGACCCAAGAAAUUAGUCAUCAAACCAAAGGCAACCGCAUCUGCACCAGCGACAGCAAUGGCUACGGCGACGGAGACGACAACAAAAAAGACUGACACCUCUCCAUCUUCCUCUUCCAGCAGUAACGCAUCCAUAUCAAGAGAUCUGGGGCAGGUGCAGGUAAAAAGUGAGACUCCGGAGGCUCCGGCGGUAAACAGCAGCAGCAGCAGCAUUCUGGAGAAGCACCUAACUACCAACCGCAACCAGGCCCAGCACCACCAUUCGGCGGUCAACGAUGACGAUGCCCGGGUGCUGCUGGAGUUUGCCAACUCCAAGCAGCCGCCACCGCUGGCAGCGUCCAGUACCACGUUCGUGGUGAAUGCCAGUACGGGAUUCCCAUCUGCAGGAUCCGUUUUCGCAAGCAGCAGCACCACCAUCAGCUCCAAGGCGGCGCUAAAGCCUGGCGAUGAAUAUAUUCUGCCGGACAACACAAACCUGGAGGUGGAUGAGAUUGUGAUAUCCUCGUCGUCUUCCUACGCCUCCUCAGCGGCCCAGUUGCAGGCAGGUCUGCAGCCGCCGGACUUUAACUUCCUUUACCAACAGACCACCAGCACGGUCACCACGGCAACCUAUCCUUUCAAUGCCUUCUCCAGGCAGCACCAGCAGCAGCAACAGCAUGGUGCAAGCGAUGCCACCAAUGCAGCUACUCUGGCCUCCUCUUCCAGCAAUUCCAUGGACCACGACUCGAUGAAUGCCUCGUUCCGUGUGGCCAAGACGCAGUCGCUGCAGUGGUACCAGCAGGAACAGGAGAACGAUCCACAGAACCAGGCAGAAGGAGCUGGAGCGUCGGGAGUGUCCUCCAACCAUAGCCACACGGAUGUGGUUAGUCACCAGCCCACCAACUUCAAUGCCGCCUUGGCGGCCGUCGAUUGCUGCAGCGUUGCAGCCACGCUGGACGAGGAAGCAAAGUAUUUGGACUUGGACACCUGCAAGCGGGAGCAGCUAAGCAGCAGCAGCAACCUACCGUCAGCCUCCGCCUCCACAUCCACCACCUCAUCCUCGUUCGCCGGUGCUGGCACGGAGAGCAGUUUGGUGGGUGGCCUCAACAUUCGUACCGAUGAAAAGAUGCCCGCCAAGGGUGAGAUCUCCGAGCAGGAGAGCAACUGUGACAUCGAAAACUCCUGGAGUGAAUCGGUUUAUGGGGACAUUUCGCAGCGUUACUUUAGGAACCAAUUCUCUGGAGGCUACAACCCUGACUGGCGGCAGGACUAUUACCCGGCUCAGGAUCUCAGCGGCGCCCAGCAGAGGGAGCAUAAGCGCUUCGACUUCAAUGCGAUUGAUGAUGAGGCCUCAUCUAGCUCUAGGAAGAGCCAGCUAACGGAUAUCGUCCCAACUGUGGCCACCUCCUCCACUUCCACGUCAUCGGCUUUGCUGGCGGGACCACCAAUAGCUUCGACAUCUAGGGCUGCCGCCGAAGCGGCAGCGGAGGCGGCGGCUGCUCUCGCCCAGCGAAAAACACAUCGCCGUAAGCUUUACAAGUGCCCCCAUUGCGAUACCAUCUACGAGAAGCUCAAGGAGCGGAAUGCCCACAUGAUUAGCGACCAUAACUAUGUGCGUCAAAAUCGACGGCUCAUCUGUACCCAGCCGCAGGUCAAUGAACCGAUGCUGCCUCAGCAGCAUCAUGCCCAGUUGCUGCUGCAAGCGGAUGAGGCUCUGCAGGAGGACUCAAAGGAUGGCAUUGUGAAGAUUAAGCAGGAGCAGUGUACGGAGAAACCUGAAGUCGAGCAAAUGCGCCACGCCAGUUCAGCUGAUCUGCUGUCGGAUGUGAAGGACUCUGAGCUCCUGGGCAUCGGCGGCGAGGGCGAUGCUGAUUUAGACGCCGAUUUUAAGCCACCUAGCCAGCUAUUCGAGAAGUCGUCCCCACUGCCGCCGCUGGCCAUGACAACGCCGGCUGCAAAGCUUGCGGCGCUUUAUCGCAUGCUUAUCGCCUACAAUGAAUCGAAGCUGGGCCAGGAGCGCAACAACCUCAGCGAACUGGAGCAGAAGGCCAUGGAGAAGUCGAUCUUCCUGUGCUAUGUCUGCCGGACUGACUUCCCCUCCGUUAAGCUUUAUGACGCCCAUCUCACCGAGCAUCCGGCCGAGUGUUUCACCUGCGGCAAGAAGUUCUACCGCUGGAAGAACUUCUCCCUGCAUCUGAAGCGGCAUCUGGGCUGGAAGGAGUUCGGCUGUUACGUGUGCGAUAAGAAGUUCGUGGUGCGGAGCGCCCUCGUCGAGCACAUGCGGAUGCACACGGGCCAGACGCCGCUUAAGUGUAAGAUAUGCGGUAAAAAGUUCAAGCGCUACUCGAAUCUGACGCAGCACCGUAAGAGGCACACCAAGGUGAUGGUGCGGAAGAAGGAGUACGUGUGCCACUGUGGCGAGGUUCUGCCCUCAAAGGCGCGUUUCCUCUGGCACAAGGAGACGCACGACCUGAAGCCGAAAUGCUGCCCGUAUUGCUGUGACCGAUUUGUACACGCCAACUCGCUGCGCCGCCACAUCCGGCUGGCGCACUCAGACAAGUUUGACUACGCCGAGCCGAUGGAGUGCCCCAUGUGCAAGCAGAUCUUCGCCAAGACAUCGAUCAAGGCCCACAUGGCGACGCACUCGACGGAGCCGCAGUACGACUGCGCCAUCUGCAACAAGAGCUUUUCCACUAAAUGGAAUCUCAAGAUCCACUCGUGGGUCCACGCCAAUCGGACGGCCAAGCCCUUCAAGUGCGAGUACUGCCCGAAGGCGUUUGUGCGCGAGUUAGACUUCAAGAACCACAUCAACGCGCACAAGCAGAUCAAGCCGUACACGUGCGAGUACUGCGGUUGCAAGUUCAUCCGCAAGUACAAUUACAUGCGGCACCGCCGCGAGCACCACGGCACCAAGAAGUUCACCUGCGACCAAUGCGACAAGUCCUUCCAUCGGCACUACUAUCUGAUUGAGCACCGGCGCAUGCAUACCGGCGAGCGACCUUUCACCUGCACCAUUUGCGGCAAGAGCUCCACCACCAAGACCAACCACAACAAGCAUCUGAAGAUCCAUCACUCGCGCGACCCGUUCACCGUGGAGGUCUAAGAGCUAAGAGGAGGGAGUGGGUUGGUAAUCAAACUAAAGUUUAAUAUAAUCAUUAAUCUAGGUAGCUGUUCAUUGACUCUUCUCUGUGUGUAAUAAUGUGUGUCUGUGGUUAUAACGACAAAUGAAAACAAAACAACAAAUUAGUAUUACUUAUCGAACUAUAUGCGAAUGCCAACUCUUGUUGAAAGAGCAGACGAGAAACAA